UGUACGGCAAGAGAGAGUGAGACGGUCCACUACCUCCUCUUUCUGAUUUCGUGAAGUUCGUUGUUCUUACAUACAAGUCUUCCUUUUCUUCAUUAUUUAAAGAGAGAGAACUGAGAAGAGUGGUUCCCCCAACAUACAUAGCAAUUAGCAACCUCAAAUAUUGUUUGUAAUUAGUAACAAAAAUACUAAACUAAUCACACAAAGAUGACAGCUCUUUCCAACGGCCAUGCCGCUAAUAACUCUUCUCCUCUUUUCAAGAUCCCACCCAUCAAAUUCACCAAUCUCUUCAUCAAUGGCCACUUUGUUCAUUCUCUCUCAGGAAACGAGUUUGAGACAAUAGAUCCGAGAACAGGAGAGGUAAUAGCGAAAAUCUCGGAGGGAAGAAAAGAAGACAUUGAUGUGGCUGUUAAAGCGGCACGUGAGGCAUUUGACAACGGUCCAUGGCCACGCAUGUCUGGUGCGGAAAGAGCAAAAAUCAUGAUGAAAUGGGCAGAUCUUAUUGAAGAAAACGUAGAAGAACUAGCAGCAUUAGACGCCAUUGAUGCUGGAAAGUUGUACCACUUAGUUAAGGUCUUGGACAUCCCUGCAGUUGCAAAUUGUUUACGCUACUAUGCCGGUGCUGCGGAUAAGAUCCAUGGCGAGGUGCUAAAAGGUGCUAGAGAGUUCCAUGCAUAUACUUUGAUGGAACCAAUUGGUGUUGUUGGACACAUCAUUCCUUGGAAUUUCCCUAGCACCAUGUUUGCUGCCAAGGUUAGUCCUUCCUUGGCUGCCGGUUGCACCGUCGUCCUUAAGCCGGCCGAACAAACACCUCUGUCGGCUCUGUUUUUCGCGCAUUUAGCUAAACAGGCUGGAAUUCCCGAUGGAGUUCUUAAUGUAGUACCCGGAUUUGGCCCAACUGCUGGUGCUGCAAUAAGCUCACACAUGGACAUUGAUAAGGUUAGCUUCACCGGUUCAACGGAAGUAGGCCGUGCCAUAAUGCACGCGGCGGCUAGCAGCAAUCUGAAACCGGUGUCACUUGAAUUAGGAGGAAAGUCACCUCUUCUAAUCUUUGAUGAUGCUGAUGUAGACAAAGCUGCUGAUCUUGCUCUCUUGGGAAUCUUGUUUAAUAAGGGAGAAAUUUGUGUUGCAAGUUCAAGGGUGUUUGUUCAGGAAGGGAUAUAUGAUGAGUUUGAGAAGAAGUUGGUUGAGAAAGCAAAAGCUUGGGUUGUUGGAGAUCCUUUUGAUCCUCAAUCUCAGCAAGGCCCUCAGGUUGACAAGAACCAAUUUGAGAAAAUCCUUUCAUAUAUAGAGAUUGGAAAGGAAGAAGGAGCAACCCUACUAACAGGUGGUAAAAAAGUGGGCAACAAGGGCUACUACAUUGAACCUACAAUUUUCUCUAAUGUCAAGGAAAACAUGCGUAUAGCACAGGAUGAAAUAUUUGGCCCUGUCUUGGCACUGAUGAAGUUCAGGACGAUUGAGGAAGGAAUUAAGAGUGCUAACAACAGCAGAUAUGGUCUAGCAGCAGGAAUAGUGACGAAGAACAUAGACACAGCAAACACAGUGUCAAGAGCCAUUCGUGCAGGCAUUAUUUGGAUCAAUUGCUACUUUGCUUUUGGGAAUGACAUUCCUUAUGGAGGGUAUAAGCAGAGUGGGUUUGGAAGAGAUUUUGGAAUGGAGGGUCUACAUAAGUACCUACAAGUUAAAUCUGUUGUCACUCCCAUAUACAAUUCUCCUUGGCUUUGAAUUAGAUAUGUAGUUUUGUGUGUGUCUGUGUGUGAAACUAUAGUGUGAGCAAUACAGCAGUUUAUGCAUGUAUAGUUCAUCAAACCAAUAAAAUUUGAGCCACUUAUUAUUGUGCAUAAAACCCAAUUUUAUAG